AUGGACUCUCCAACAGUCGAGCUCAGGUCUGCUCUCGCAUCACUGUUUGAAUGCGGCAAGUACUCAGAUCUGACCAUUGUCUGUGGAAGCAAAAGAUACCCGGUCCAUCGCGCGCUUCUUGCAACUCGCUCGACCUUCUUCGAUGGAGCAUGUCGCGGCGGCUUUCAAGAGGCAGCAACAGGUGUUAUAGACUUAACAGAGGACGAUGCGGAAGCUGUCGAACACAUGGUCCACUACUUCUACCACCUGGACUACCUCAACAAGCCCCUGUCACGCCAAAGCUCACAACAAUCGACUCGUCCUCAGUCUCCAAGCCCAGUGACGUCACGCUUUACAAGAUGCAAUCCACCGAAGAAGCUCAAUUUGACAUUCUUGGACGAUCCAUUGCUUGCGCAAAUGUCUGCUGCAAGCCCGUUGAUGCCGCUUACGCCACCCGCCGAAGAGAGCAUGUUCCAGCCGCUCAAUGCAUCGCCGAAGCUUCCCGAUACCCCCAUGGCAGAUCAGUUUGCAGACGACUACAUCGAGAGUGUAACCAUGGAGCCAGAGGUUGACGUAGAAAGCGCUCAUCUUGUCACCCACGCCAAGGUGUACGCGAUUGCAGAGAAGUACGGAAUUGCUGGCCUGAAAUCGCUUGCGCGCAGCAAGUUCUCCUAUCAGAUCUCCAUGCAUCUGAAUAGCCCUGAGUUUGCAGACGCCUGCCAAGAGGCGUACGAGUCAACCUUCCACACCGAUCGCGGACUGCGGGACGUUAUCAUCCAGACCUUCCGCGCCAACCCUGAUUUGUCAAUGCGUGAGGACGUCGAGAUGGCGGUCCGCGAGACGCCAGGUCUUGCCUUUGAGCUCUUCCGCAUGGCCAGUGGCCUUCCCGUCUCGUCUUGAGGAUCGGACCUAUCCGGCUUACGAACGUGAGCACGGCGGCUUCAUCACACUUCGACAAUGCAGUCACUACAGCCAUCGAAAGGAUCGUAGAUCCGAUCGAUGCAUCUCAUGCCACAGUCAGAAACAGUAUGUAUCAGCGUCAAGGCACCAUCCAGCGGCGUUCUGGGAUUCUGGAGGACUGCUUGUACUUCCAUCCAUACGGCUACGAUCGCUAUUCGCUGCGUAGACCUCUUCUGCUCCAGUAGCAGAUG